AUGGAACAACCGCAACCACCUCCUGAGCCACCAAGGAGAAAACGUGGUGCGCGCAUGUCCAUGUGUUUAGGACCGCGGUCAAGCCCGCUACCACCAUUACCACCUACUUACCCUCCUAUCCCUGAGGACCCACAAAUGGGUGGGCCCUUAAACACUACGGCUGUGGUUGAUCCGACGCCGACAACAUUUGCUCAACCACCACCGCCAUUGGGUAUUGACAACCCAAUUCCUACGUAUCCAGCUACGUCUGGAUACAAUCCUUUUGAACCGUCUCCGCUGAUAGGUUUUAACUACAAGGCGCCACAGUACGACCCUUAUAUGCAAGCGGUCGCACAAAAUGCUUACUACCCGUCUUCCUUUCCACCUGCUUACCCACCUACUGGAUAUCCAAAUUAUGGGUACCAGUAUCCUGCUGUGCCUCAGCCCCAACCACUGCCACUGCAACAAUUAGAGGCCAUUAACCAGACCUUGGAAAGAGUGGAAAACGUUCAGCGUAAGGCUGAGAAAAAUGAGAAGAAGACAGGUAAGUUCUUCAAGAAACUCACCAAGCUGAUCAAGGGAAAGAAAGACGAAUGA